UAAGCGUGAAGUUUAUUUGCCAAUGCUUCGUUCAUGUUUUAGUUCACUGUUAAGUUCUAGGUCCCGUCGCCUUAAAAAGAUAUGGAUGUUCUGCUUUCUCUCUCUGACUUCUGUGGCAGCUACUGUCUUGGUUUAUCAGAUCUUAUUUAUGGACGGUUCAGAUUAUCUGACAAAGUAUGAAGAUGAGUACCGAAAGUGGAAUUCGCUCAGAGACUGGCCGAAGGUGUUGCGUUACAAACUGAUCAAAGCCAUAACAAAUUCAACAGCCUCAGCAUGCCCUCCGUUUUCCAUACAGACCAUACACACCAAGCCGUUUUCAACCACGCCGGCAUCCUGUCGUCUACCAGUAGUUCGAAAAGAGGCCUGUUCCUUUGCGAAAUCCAUCUUUACGAUGAAUCCUGCGAAUCAAUCUUGCAACACCUCGCAGGUGAAUUUGUGUAGGAUGGAAAAGACACCAAGAGGAUACCCUAAAGUUGAAUGCCAUACCACAAGCUGUGGAUCAUCAGACAUUAUUUCUGUGGGAUUCAUCGAUCCACACGAUGGUUCCCUUAGUUGGCGACACUUUUCAUUCCUUCAAGACGUAGAGAAAGCCCUCAAUAACUAUAUUCAAAGUGCACCGGCAGAAGACUAUUUCCCUUUUGCUUUUCUGAGGUGUGAUGAAUUCUGGAAUCCAACGGCCAAGACUCAGCUUUUUCUUCUUCCACCUAGAGGUGCAACAGCUGAUAAAUCCCGCGAUAAAUUUCAAGUCAAAGCAAUUAAUGUCAACAUUAUGCUAAUCGACUCUGUCUCCAGACCUCAUUUCUUUCGCUCCCUUCCUCAAACUGUCAAGGCUUUUAGAAGCAUUAACGCAAAUACAUCAGCAUUGGUUCUAGAUUUUGAGCUGUUUCAUGCCAUCAAACACAGGACAUUCGAGAACAUAAAUACCUUGUUUUCAGGGGAACUUCUUGACAUUGAACAGUUUGUUAACCCUGUUCCUGUCAAAGCAGAUGUAAUGUUUAACAAGUUUAAAUCUUUGGGAUAUCAGACAAUGUGGCAAGAAGACCUGUGUUGGACAUACGAAUGGGGACUGGUUAGGGACUUAAAAGUUAUGAACCAAAGUUUACCACUGAAGGAAAUAUGGCACAACUUAACAUCUACGUUAAAGAAGAACUCUAUUGAUUUCACAGGAAUAACCCACUCAAGCUGUGAAGUUUUCAAGAGCUUUGGAGUUCCAGAGCCUUUCCAUGGCCCCUCGAAGAUAUGUUAUGGAGGAAAACAUUACCACAGCUUGUUUUUACACUUCUUGGAAAAUUUUCUCCAGGAAGUGAAUGCAGAUUCAGAUAAGAAACCACUGUUCUCUUUUUCAAUGCUGAAUGUGGGCCAUGAAGACAGUGGACUUAGAAUUCAGACUUUUGAUGAAGGACUAGCAAAUUUUGUAGAGAAUUUAGGCACUGACCCAAACACUUUGAGCAUAAUACUAUCAGAUCAUGGCAACACCUAUGGUGCUUUUCCCAGAACAAUGGAGGGACGGUUUGAAGUAUUUCAACCACACUUGUUUAUUGUAAUACCAAAUCGGGUUCAAAACCUGCUUGGCAAAAAUAGAGUGCAGACAUUAAAACAAAAUCAAAAGAGACUGGUGUCCAUCAUUGAUUUGCAUUACACCUUAAUGGCAGUUGCCUUUGAUAUUGGCAACAAGGGACUACAGCAGCAUCUUGGCCUGUUUGAACCAAUUUCAAGAAACAGAAGUUGCGAAGACCUCCAACUUCUCAGUUCUUCACUUUGCGUUUGUCAAGGAUGGGAGACAAAAGUCCAUGGAAACUCAUUUCACUCUAUUAUAGCUGAAUUUGUGCUAGGGCAACUUAAUGGAAAGAUACAAACUCAGUUCCUUGAAAACAUCCAAACAAAUAGACCAGUUUCUGGUUUUGGAUCUUGUGAAAGGCUCAAGGGAGAAAGGUUUGAUAAUGUGCGAGAAAAGAGAAAUGGUGAAACUCUCACAGUCUCCCUUGAUAUUUACGUCCAACGUCAGGAAUUGUUUUCAGCUACAGUUCAAGUGAUCACUGAAAGUGUGCUGAUUAACAUGAAAUUGGUUCAAUACACAAGAUUCAGUGAAUAUGGCAUUUAUCAGAGCUGUGUAGACAAGGGAGUUGAUUUAAGACUCUGCAUCUGUGAGCAAAGAACAACAAAACAUAAUUCAACCACAAACUCACCUUCUGUUUCAAGAGAAACUUUUGCAACAACCAAAGAACCACCAACGCCAAAAUGGCAACAUUAUGGCAAUGUCUUUGAUUCCGUUACAAGAGCUGAUGAGAUGCAUGAGAACUGCCUUUUCAUCCUUUUACGAGAACACAAGAGAGGUGUGGUAAUUGAGGCUGCUAAUUCAUGCAGUUUUGUUACAUAUACCAUUGAUCUUCAUUUGUCACUAAACAACAUGCAAGUGUCAGAAAGGACUCCUAUUCAUAAAGAGCUGGGGCCUGGUGCCAUACACUUCUUGAUAGCUGUGAUUCAACUUGAUCCUAACAUCAACUGGAGCUGGAAAUACACUGUGAACUUUUCAUGGAAACUCAUACGUUAACAAGAUCUUUUUAGUUAAAUCAGACGUGAUACAAGCAUCAGAGAUAUAGUUCAUAUGAGGAGCAGUUUAAAAGUAGCUGUUAUUGAUUUAAGUGUUUGUAUCCCCUACAGAGGUUUUCAGUUUUACAGCAUCUCUGUAGAAUGGUAUUAGUCCCAAAAGCUUUCAUCUCAAUUCCAAUGCUUUUCCUUCUGAAAUAGAACCAUAAAGUUCCUGCUUGAGCCAUGCCCAUCCUAGUUGACAAGAAAAUGUCCCAGGCUCUAGAUAAGUAUAUAAUAAUUAUGGUCACUACAGGAAUGAUAAAUAUUGCCACAAAUAUUUUUCAUAAAGCGUCAUCAUGUAAAAUUCAUACCCUUAAAACAUUUGGGACCUGAUAAAAACCAUGAUUGUGGCCAUGGAAGCAAGGAUAUUGAGCACAACAAUACAUAGCUUAAUUAUGCAUGUUUACACAUACUUAAGUUAUCUUCUACAAACUGAAAAAAAGAAUUUUGUAGAGUGCAAACCAUGAUUCCUAACUUUGAAGUGAACACCUUCAUGUACUCCUCCGAAAGUGACAUACACCAAUCUCUGUGGCUGAUUAGCUUGGAUGGACAUGGCUCAAGCAGAAAUUUUAAUUGAAAGUGUCAGAAGCAUAAAAUGGUUUUAGGUCUAUUAUCAAUACCUUACAGUGAUAAAAAACUGCAAAACUAGACAUUAAUUGUUUCACAUACUGUAGAUUGCCCACAGUGUAAUUCAAGUUGAAGAAGCAGAGAUUUCAUCCAUAUGGAGUUAAAUAUUUUAUUCAAAGCUAAUGCCUGUGUUUUUUCUUUACAGGUAAUUUGACUGAACAUAGAUUAUUAAACAUAUAUGGAUUACUUAAGCAUUAAAAGGACACAUUUCCUAUAUCACUUAGUGGUUUCUCAUACAUUAUUUGCUCAUACUUUCCUGUGAGGUCAUGUUUUACUUUUUAAUACAGGAAAGAAAUAUUAUUAUAAACUAACGUUGAAAAUAAUUAGGAUAGUGGCAGUUUAAACUUGUUAGUAGCCUCUUGGCUUGGAAUUAAAAAGUGUCUCUUGUCCAUAA